AUGUGUCGGUUCGCUGCCACAAACGGUCCGUUGAGUGUGGUGGCCAUAUGCGGUAGCCAGUCCACACUGCUCAGUUUCGAUGUGGACGAGACGGCAGGCCACUUGCUUGAUGGUCUAGCUGGCUUCGCAGUCUGCAGGACAGUGGAGAAGCAGGAGGAGGGCCUUGCAGGAGGUGAAGCUGAGACAGUUUGGUUCGGCGACCCGCGCCGUGGUAAAUGGAGCGAAGAUGCUGAGUUGGGGCCAGCUGAAGCAGUCGACGAAGUUGAGGUGCUGGAAGAGACUCGUGCUCUGGGAGGAGGCUGGCGGCGAGCCUUGAGGUGUGCCAUCCAGGAGUUCAAGUGGGGAGAUUACACGACCAAACCGAACACCAGGUAUCGAUACACGCUCUGUGCCAUCCACGGCGACCCGCAAAUCGGCAUAGACUCUUCGCCCUCAGGAGGCCCAGCGAAACGCGGCCCCGGCCUGCAUGUGGCAGCCCAGGUGGAGCUGGAGGUCGUCAUCCCGGCAGCUGAUGGUGACCACCAGGUGUUCUUCAACCGUGGUGUGGCUGGCUCGCAGCGAUUUGCGCGCCUGUCAACGGGGACGCGAGAGAGCGGACCUCGGAGUUGGGAGCAGUGGCAGUGGCUCUCGAACGGACUGGAGGAGGCUCUGCUGAGCUUCAUCGGACGCGCCCACAAAGGAUUUGAACUGCGAUGCGCAUUCUACGAAGCGCAUUAUCCGCCCGUGAUGAGGGCGCUUGCAGCAGCUGAGAGGAGAGGUGCUUCUGUGCAGAUCGUCAUGGACUGGAAAAUUGCAUCGUGGUCAGAUGACAAAAAGGUUUGGUCCCAGCGCGGGCCACAACACUUGAACUAUUGGGCCUUGGCAGAGAGCGGUUUGCUCAACUCGGGGCGAGUGUUCCAUCGGACCAGGCCUUUAGCAGCCAUCAGUCACAACAAGUUCAUCAUCCUUACGGCGCCAGAUGGAGCACUGUCUGUGUGGACCGGUUCUACUAACAUAACUGCUGGCGCCAUCUUUGGUCACUCCAACGUCGGGCACAUUGUCGCACGGCCAGCCCUCUGCAAGAAGUACAUGGCGUAUUGGGAGCGGCUUACGCGGGACCCGGAGAAGAAGGAUUUGGCCCAGUUCAAUGAGCAGCUUUCCCCACUGCCCGAGGAGGAGAGCAAGUGGACUGAGCUGGUUCUCUUCUCACCGCGAUUGCGCUGGGCUGAUGCUUUGUCCUUCAUGGCCCAACUGAUCCUCAAAGCAAGGCACAGCGUAGCGUUUACUGCAGCGUUUGGCAUAAGUCGCGAAAUAUCUCCAGCACUCUUGGCCGCUGGGUCAGAAGGGGCAGGCAUGCCAGUGCCGACCUACUUGCUGCUGGAGAGCCAGGGCAAUUGGCAGGCAUCAAGAGAUGCUGUUCAAGCGCUGCAGCGAAAGUCCAAUGUUCGAGUUGCUUUUGGGAUGCACAUGGAGGUCCCUCCCGGCAAGCCGCAGCCACAAGGUGGGGCUUGGAUACCGGAGACGCUUACAGGGCUGAACGAGCAUGUGCGGUAUGUGCAUACGAAGAUCCUGCUCAUAGAUAUGUUCUCAGACGAGCCAAUCGUUGUCUCCGGCAGUGGAAACUUCUCAAGAGCUUCCAUGGAGUCGAACGAUGAAAAUGUCGUGGUGGUUCGUGGCAAUACCAACCUGUCCGACGCCUACUCCGUGGAGUUUUUCCGCAUCUUCGAGCACAUGCGCUUUCGAAACCACGUGCAAGGCAUUGAUAAACGGGUCGAAGUGGAGCCUCCAGGUCCCCAGGCCGAGGCGCUUGACGAGGUGAUGUGUCGUUGUGGUCAAGCAGUCGCGGAGAGGACCGUGAAGAAAGCAGGCCCAAACGUGGGGCGACGAUUCCGAUGCUGUGCUAAUCCGCAGCGGCUGUCUUGUGGAUUCUUUGCCUGGACUGAGGAUGCACAAGCAGCACCAAAAGAAGAGGCGCAGGAACCGUGGCCAAGGUGUUGUUACUCCUCUCCUAGCUUCCCGUCCCUUGAGAGGCAGCUAUUCAAGGACCUGCGCAACGGGGCCACCAGCACAGUGCCGUUUAGUUUGGAUUCACACCUCAAGUGUGAAAAGAUGUCUGCUGUACCCACUCAAGAGGAGGAACAGGAGGGCAGCAGCGGCGACAGCUUCGCCAGUGCGGAUGACGGACUGCUGCGGCCUGAGAUUCCACGCUUCCCCCCUUUGAGCGGCAUAGCACCGUGGCAGCAGUGUCGCAAGACGCAAAAAUACAGCAUCCGCAACCGUGGCUGUGGGGUUUUGUCACGGAAGCAAUGUCCACGAAGUGCGCUGCGGCUGUGCCAUCUGAGGCUUGAGCUCUGGGACCUCUGCGGGGUCAGUGAGGACCCUGCAGUGUCAGCGGCUCAGAGACUCAGCAUGCCCCGCGAUGUCGGGUGUCAGAUAUGGUAUUGGUAA